AUGUCUACGCAGCAAGUACGAACGUGUGUAACCGAUUUAUUAGGGGUCAAAAAUGAUUCUAAUGUUGACUGGCAAGACCAACGGUUAAAGAAAGUGGCUUCUACUACAGCAACAUUAUACAACGUUUCAGUAUCGAAAGUGAUGCUGAAGAAUUCAGAGGAACUUGCUCGGUGCCAUAUAUGUGCACUGAUUGCGUUUCAGAAACUAGCUGAGAAGUAUGACAAUGACCUACCAUAUUCUCAGGAGAAGAUCCCGCUUCCACCAGACCAAGUAUCCAAACUUGUGAAUAUAUUUAAGAGAAACAUAUGGCCUCAUUCGCCGCAAAAGGAUACCGAAGGACAAUUGCUGAAGUUUGAUGAUACUGCAUCACCAUCGGUUAGAAAGUCAGCGGUUAAAAAUGCAAGAUUCACAGGGAUAGAUCCGAAGUCGUUACAAGAACAGCUAUUCCAGACUCCGUCGAAAUCAAGAACUAAAAGUGGUAUCCAGCCCUUGAAGAAUGUUGAUCUUUCACCUAGCAAAGGGAGUAGGUCAAGUGUCCGGAGGAAAUUAGUGUUUGAAGCUGAUACAGAAAAUGGCCUUCCGUUGCCCAUAUUAGCAACCCCGAAGAAUAAGACUGAUAUGAUCAAUAUACCACAAGUGUUUGGAUCAGUUGAGGAUGAUCCUGAAUCUCCAUUAAGACAGUCACCCUUUCGUGACUCCCCUUCUAAAUACACGCCUUCACCAAGAAAGAAAAGAGGUAAGUAUAACGAAUGGAACAUGCUAUACAAAAAAUACUAUAGACCGUCUACCGCUGAACUGGUGACUCUGUGCAAUGAAUUUGAACUUCCUGAAGAAGUAACAGCUACCAUAAUUUCCGAAUUCAAUAACAACGCUACUUACCUAGCGUAUCCUACACAGUUGGUUUGUGGUCUGGUACUUCUUUGCUCGUUCGUUGUCUUCAACCAACAGAGAAAUCAGGACAGUACAAUCGAUAACAAGCUAAUGAAGAAGAUGGCGGCACAAAUGAGAACAACAAAUGAUGAAGAUAUCAUGGAAGCUAUCAAGAUCACAAAAGAACUAAUAGACGGUGAGAAAUGGUACCGAGAACUCCGUGUCAAGUUCGAUUAUUACGAUGGAUCGGAUUUCGAUAACGCUAUCGCCGUCAGAAUAGGCAGCAUGUUACAAGACGAAUAUGAAGUCGUAUCAGAAGAGCAAUACUCAAACUGGAAACGAAGAAUUAUGGUCGACCUCAGUCUAAGAGAUGGCACAUGA